UGCUCCCAACUCUAACAAGAAAAAAAAAAAAGAAGGUUAAUUCUUCUUCUUUUUCAAUUUUCCAGAAAGAAAGAAUUUGAUAUAUUUGGAUUUUAAAACAUUCAAGAACAAAAUUUUCUGGUGAAAGCUCGCCAAGCGGAGUUGGAACAUUUGCAGAAAGUGAAUCAAGCUCUUAGAUUAAUGCUUGAAGCAAUGAGCAGCAAGUACAACAUGCUUCAUCAAGCCUAUCUCCUGGAAUCAAACUCGCAAUUACCAGCAGGUUGCAGCGGCUUCACGCGGAUUGGUUCAUGCGAUGAAUAUUUGAACAAGAGACUAAGACGUGAAGUUCCAGCUGUACCGAAGACGUCAAAGGUUUUUUUGGUAACGGACCCUAGGGACAACAGCCUUAUAGUUAAAGAUGGAUUUCAAUGGAGGAAAUGCGGCGAGAAAGUUACAAAACAUAAUCCGUCCCCUCGAGCUUAUAUUAGGUGCUCUAUGGCUCCUGGAUGCCCUGUCAAAAAGAAGGUUCAACGAUGCGUGGAGGACAAAUCUUUUCUUCUGGCAACAAACGAAGAACAUCACAACCAUGAUAAUGUUAAUUCUACACCAGGACAGUAUUUGUCUUCCGCAAACUGCUCUGUGAUACUCUCCACGACUAGCAUUCCUUAUCCAGUUCUGGAUAAUCCUUUUCCACCCACCAUCACUCUUGAUCUCACUCUUUCAGGAUCCAACAUAGAAAACAGUAGAAACCUUCGGGAUGUUAUGCAAGAUUACAGCACAAGCAACGACGAUAACAACAAGAGAGUUGAAGGCUGUGUUUCAUCCUUAACAAAAAGAUCCUAACUUCACUGUUGCUUUAACUGCAGCAGUUUCUAGCUACAUCACUGA